UUGUUUCCCUCGGAGUCUAGAAUGAGACGACCCAGUCCUUGUUACCUUUAAAAACCUCUCGCUGCUUCAAACUCUCUUUAUUCCUUCCUCUUCCUCUUCAAGCUCUUUCACUCUCUUCCAUGGCCGCCACCAAUCUCACCCCCGUCUCUUCUUAUCUCGCUAAACCCACUCCUCUCCCCCUGAACCAACCCCAUACCCAUAUUUCUCUAUCCUCCAAAGUCCUCCCAAAAUCUUCCUUCCCUCACAAACCUUGCUUUUCCCACUACCCCACCUCUUCUCACACCCACAAAACCCCUCUCUCAGCUUCAUCCAAAAACCCUCUAUCCGACCUUUUCCCCUCAAAAAAACAAUGCCCGGAAGAUCAUUCUCUGGAUUUCGACGAUGACGAUAAGCCCCGCGAAGAGUGCGGAGUCGUCGGAAUAUUCGGCGACUCGGAGGCAUCCCGGCUCUGUUACUUGGCUCUCCACGCGCUGCAGCACCGUGGCCAGGAAGGCGCCGGCAUCGUUGCCGUUAAAGACGACGUGCUCCAAUCGGUUACAGGAAUGGGAUUAGUCUCCGAAGUGUUCAACGAGUCGAAACUCGAUCGCUUGCCCGGCGAUUUGGCUAUUGGACACGUGCGGUACUCGACUGCGGGUUCUUCUAUGCUGAAGAACGUGCAGCCCUUUGUUGCAGGGUACAGGUUUGGCUCUGUUGGGGUAGCCCACAACGGUAAUUUGGUGAAUUAUCGUUCGCUACGGGCUAAGCUCGAAGAGAAUGGUUCAAUUUUCAAUACUAGCUCUGAUACAGAGGUUGUGCUUCAUCUUAUUGCUAUUUCAAAAGAAAGGCCUUUUGUUAUGAGAAUUGUGGAUGCAUGCGAGAAGCUUGAGGGGGCUUAUUCAAUGGUGUUCUUGACCGAGGACAAGCUGGUCGCGGUGCGAGACCCGUUUGGGUUUAGGCCUUUGGUUAUGGGAAGGAGGAGCAACGGUGCUGUGGUGUUUGCCUCGGAAACUUGUGCUCUUGAUUUGAUUGAAGCCACGUACGAGAGGGAGGUCUUUCCUGGUGAAGUUUUGGUGGUUGAAAAAAGUGGGAUUCAUUCACUUUGCCUAAUGCCUCAUCGUCAACCAAAACAAUGUAUCUUUGAGCAUAUAUACUUUGCUUUGCCCAAUUCGGUGGUUUUCGGGCGGUCUGUUUACGAGUCACGCCACAGGUUUGGAGAGAUACUUGCAACUGAAUCCCCCGUUGAUUGUGAUGUUGUGAUAGCAGUGCCGGAUUCUGGGGUAGUGGCUGCGCUUGGUUAUGCUGCAAAAGCUGGGGUGCCAUUUCAGCAGGGGUUAAUAAGGUCACACUAUGUUGGGAGGACUUUCAUUGAACCAUCUCAGAAGAUAAGGGACUUUGGUGUGAAGCUUAAGUUGUCACCGGUGCGAGCAGUGUUGGAGGGAAAGAGGGUUGUGGUUGUCGAUGACUCGAUUGUGAGGGGAACAACUUCUUCCAAGAUUGUUAGGUUGUUAAAGGAGGCAGGAGCUAAGGAAGUUCACAUGAGGAUUGCAAGUCCACCCAUUAUCGGUUCUUGCUAUUAUGGAGUGGAUACACCUAGUUCUGAGGAGUUGAUUUCUAAUAGGAUGAGCGUAGAGGAGAUUAGGGAGUUUAUUGGGUCAGAUUCGCUUGCUUUUCUGCCAUUAGAUAGAUUGAAGAAGUUGUUGAGUAAUGAUUCUCCCAAUUAUUGUUAUGCUUGCUUCUCUGGAAAGUAUCCUGUUGAACCUAGAGAACUUAAGGUGAAAAGGGUUGGUGAUUUUGUCAAUGAUGGCAUAAAUGGGAGUUUAGAUUCCAUUGAUGGAGGUUGGGUUCAAGCAAAACCCAAAACAGAAUUGGAGGUUAGUGGUGCCUAAUGCCCGUCAUACACGGAUGGUUGUGUUGCUUUCGAUUUGUCGGCUUUAUCGUAUAAGACCUUUUUUUAAUGAUCUAAAUGCAGCUGUAUCUGCAUCCUCAAAUGAAUUCGGAUUCUUAAAGCUAUAAUGCUUGUACAAUUUUGUUAGUCGUAGUAUUUAGUAUUUGUGAUGAUGGACAAUGAUCUGUGAGCAACUGCAUUGUCUUGUUAUAUCCAAGGUCAAGUCUUGUGUAUCAAGGUCUGCUCUGAUAUCUGGACUGAGUAUUUACCAUU